GGCAAGACGUGUGUGUGUGUGUAUGUGUGUGUGUGAGGAAGUGGACCAGACAGUACCUCCACCACCUGCACUUCCCUACACCGUCGCUACCCCUCACACUACUGCCGGUUUGUUGAUGGAGGUCUGGUGGUGGUGACGGGAACUCCAGGAAACUGGAUAGCGUGACGGGUCUCAGUGAAGUGCGGUCCUAGCCAGGCAGCCAGCCAGAUAACUAGACAGGCAGCCAGCUAGCCAGAAAACCAGCCAGAGAACCAGCCAGGAAACCAACCAACCAGCCAGACAGCUACCCAACCAGAUAACUCGCAAGACAGGCAGCCAGCCAACAAGCUAGUCAGCCAGCUAGGCAGCCAGGCAGCUAGCCAGCCAGCCAGACACCCAGCAAGUCCCAGCUGAAUGUGGGGAGAGACCAGGGAGCAUGCAGGUCGCCCAGUCAAACACAGUGCAAGACAUGCUGCAACACACGGUAGAAGACAUAGUGGAAGACACAAUUGAAGACAUGGUGGAAGACAAUGAACACAGUUGAAGACAUGGUAGAAGACAAUGAACACAGUUGAAGACAUGGUAGAAGACACGGUGAAAGACACUGUGGAAGACACAAAUUACAGAUAGACAAAGUCUUCCAGUGGGCAAAAUUGUUAAAGGGAUUAUUGCUGAGCUGCCCACCAUCACAUCGCCAGCCGAGACUCAAGACCCACGCCCCACCACCAGGAACCACCACCACCACACCCACAAAACCAAACCGUGGGCAUGUGCGAACACUUCCGCCCACCCACAGUUGCUGCUCUCAGCCCUCACCCAACGCUUAAAUCUCACUAUUACCACAUUAAGUGAGUGACGAGUGUGAGAAUAUAGGUGUGAAGAUGCGGGUGACAGUGCGAGGGGUGCUGGUGGGUGGCAGUGUGGGUGUGUUGCUCACCACAGUGUUGUUGUGGUCACAGUGCCGGUCACCUAUGCCACACCUGCCCGUACACCAGGCAGCCCACGGCAGCAAGCAACAACAGCAGCAGCAGCAACAGCUUCACAGAUCACCGCUGCAGACUAGCCAUCACCCGGUGGGCGGUGUGGUGGGCGAGGAGACGUACGUGGAGGCAGAAUAUAGCGUGGGCGGUGCCGUGGACACCCAGCACACCCAUGCUCACCACCAGGAGGGUGGGGGCGUUGCGGGAGUGGAGGCAGCUGAUGAAGGUGGGGGUGAGCGACUCUUAGAGAUCACCUGCCUCAUCAACCACGAAUCUGAGGUAUCAUGCAGGAGGGAUCACAACGACGUUUACGUCCCAUUCUCCUUUCUGCAUACCUACUUUGAGGUGUAUGGGCAUGUGGAACAGAAGGCAGAUGGAACAGAGGUUUUUGAGUGGUCACACAGUUAUAGCCGUGUGUACCAACCACAAGGCACUUACAACCCUACAGCCACUUUCUUAAACUUUGAGCUAUAUAAUGUGGAGGCCCGAGAGAGGGUUAAGUGCAUCUCUGGCACUGAAGGUGUGCCAAUAUCUACACAGUGGCAGAGCUCAGGCUACACCUACCCCAUCCAGAUUGCUCAGUUUGGUCUCUCCCAUUACUGUAAAUACCUCACUGAAAAUCCUCCAGAAAGGAUAAUGUUAGAAGAUGGUGGUGAGCAUAAGGGAGUAUGGCAGCUGGAGGGACCAAGCACCAAAGUGUUCAGAGUUCUUGAUCAGUCAACACAUACUAAUAUCCUCAAGUUUAAGGUGCCAGAGAUAUCAUCCAAGGGUAGUGCUACACUACACUUACCUCAAGGUCACACACAAAAUAUGUUGGUGUUGAGUCUCAGUCUUCUACUACAAGGGAAUGGCAGUUUUUCUGUUUCUGCUGAAUUUAAGGAUAAGAAGAUGGAGUCUGUGAUGAUUCAUUACAUUCGUUCCGACAAAUUACUUCAAGUGAAGGAUCGCCAUAUAUACUAUGGCCUUGGGGAGCAUCUUGGAUGGCGGCGCAUCACUAGAAAUUUGCUUAUUGAUGUACAUAAAGGGGCAAGUUCCUCUCCAUUUCUGCGUAAAAAAUUUAAGAAGGUAUCAAGAUCUAAGCUGAAUAUUGUGUCCCUCUCAGUGCAUGGAGAAGGAAGCAUAGCCAACAUUACUUUAGCUUCUGCAGAGCACUUACAUCACUUUUAUGAUGCUGCCAACUGGCUACUAAAGCAUCAGGAUGAGCAGGGAGGUUGGUCUAUCCCUGUUCCACGCAAGGUGAUCAGUGGGGUGCUAGAGCUUGGUGCUGGCUGGUACUCAGCCAUGGCUCAGGGCCAAGCUAUGUCCCUCCUUGUUCGAGCUGCACAUCAUUCUGGCGACUCUCAAUACCUAAAGGCUGCAGUACGAGCCACUGCGCUAUUUUCUGUCAAUGCAACACGUGGUGGUGUGCGAACUUACUUCCCUGGAGGCUAUGUAUGGUAUGAAGAGUACCCAACAAACCCUUCACUAUUUGUGCUCAAUGGAUUCAUCUAUAGUCUCUUGGGGCUUUACGAUUUAAAAGAAUUUUCAAGAGACUCCAGUAAUAAAAGCCGGGAUUUGUUUGAAGAUGGCAUGAAAUCUCUAAAAAAGUUGCUACCCCUCUAUGAUACAGGCUGGGGAUCCUUGUAUGAUUUGCGUCAUUUCACAACUCAUGUAGCGCCCAACAGAGCGCGCUGGGACUACCAUACAACCCACAUCACCCAGCUGCUUUUGCUGGCAUCCAUUGAUACAGAUCCUGUAAUAUCUUCCACUGCCCAGCGCUGGAAGGACUACAUGAAUGGCCAUAGAGCUAAACACAAUUGAGAAUUCCAAUGUGAGUAAAUUACAAAACAAAAAUUUCUCGUAUGUACAGACUGUACUUAGAUUUUUUUUCCUGCUAAUGACUAGGGCUUGAUAAACUCAUGGUUGAGAAAAUAAAUGUAGGUGAGAAAGGGAGAGUUUUUACUGCAUAUGCUGAAAUAUCAAACUUUUUUGUAUCAAAGGCAUUUCUGCAAGAAAAUAAGCUUUGGAAUUUUUGAUAAGCUAAACUAAAGGAAGAGCCAUAUUGCAGUGGAUAAAAAUAAUGUAAUUGUCUCUAUUUGCUGGAUACAGUAAAUCUUAUGUCUGCAUGUAUACAUUAUAUAUAUACACACACAGUAGCCACUUUAUUAGUAACUAGAACAGCCUGAAUUAUUCAUGGAAUGGAUUCAACAGGGUGCUGGAAAUAUUACUAGAGAUAUUCUGGUUCAUGUUGACAUGACAGUAUCAUGCUGUUGCUACAGAUUUAUCAGGUGUACAUUCGUGCUCCAAAUCCCAAAGGUUUAUGCAAAAUUCUGACCCAUCCAUCUGCAUGCCACAGCAAAAAUUGCAGGUUAUUAGACCAGGUGAUGUUUUUCCAAUCUUCAACUGUCCAGUUUUGGUGAGGCUGUGCUCACUGUAGCCUCAGUUCCCUGUUCUUAGCUGACAGGAGUGGAACCUGGUGUGGUCUACUGUAGCACGUCCACUUGAAGUUUCGAGGUGUGCAUACCACUGUUGUAACUUGUAAUCAAAUGAGUUACUCUCGUGUCCCUGGCCAUUCUCCUCUGACCCCUCUCAUUUUUAAGCUAAAAGGUGCUGCCACAUGAUUGGCCAAUUAGAUAUUUGCAUUAACAAGCAGGUGUACCUAAUAAAGUGGCUAUUGAGUGUGUGUAUAUAUAUGCAAAACAGGCACUCUUAACAAUGCAGAACAAUCCACUUGGUAAUGGAAAUCUUAAGCUCAAGAUAUUUUGCACUCUCAUACAUUGUCAGGAGCUAUGUAAUGUUCCAAGACUAACAACAGAUAGUAGGGGGAAAAUUCUCUGAGGCAAGGCAAAAGUGUAGUGUCAGGCCAUUUCACAGAAUUUUCUCCCCACUAUCUGUUGCUAGGCUUGGAACAUUGCAUAGCUCCUGAUGAUGCACAAGAGUCUGAAAGAUCAUGAGCUAAAGAGUUUCAUUCCCAUGUGGCUUGUUUAUAUAUAUAUAUAUAUAUACACAGAUACAGACUGUACCAUGAUCUCUGUAAACUCACUGUUUCCCAGCAGAAAUUUUCAUCUAUAUUUAUUGAGAGCUAUGAAUCUCUUGUUUUAGUUUAUGUUCAAAAUACUCUUCACUUUUAUUACUAUAUAAAAAUACAACAAUGUAUUUCCAAUACAAAGCAUUGCUUUGUAUAUAAAAAUCUCUCAUCAAAUAUGGCUGAAGCUACUGCUUACUGUUGCUUCCUAGUCUCUGAGAUGAAAGUAUCAAGCAUGGGUAGGUGUAUUCAUGUAGGAGAUGCAAAGGAGUGUGUAGAGUAGAAAGACAGGUGGUUAAUAAGAGACUAAUAUAACUACUCUGCCUUGCUAUGUGAUAUUUCUGGUAUAUACCGAUCUGGGUCCACAAACCUUGCAUGGAUGGUGGCAGGUGGACGAGUCCACAGGAUGAAAACCCCAAACUCGUGUAAUUUUGUUUUGGAACGAGUCUGUGGGGUGUGCCUCUGCCAUAGUCCUCAUGUGAUCUUCCAUUUUUCUUGUGGCCACAGCUCAAACUAUAAACGAGUGUGUGUGUAAUUAGAAUUUCUUCAAACUUACACCAGAGAUUGCUGAUUAGAAAUUCAGCUUUAUUUUUUUAUAUCGAAGUGUUGACACUAUAUGUGUAUGAUUUGGAGAUACCAAUGGGCUUUUUGCCUUUAUGGAUUAUCUGCUUUGCUAACAAGACAAUUUUUAUUAGGGCUUUAAAAUCACAUAUAUCACUGUAUGCAAUUGUAUAAUACUGGAUUAUAAACUGAUAUGCUAUUAUAGUACAAUAACAUUGAAGUUUUUAAUUAAACUGUACACUGUCAAUAUUUUGACAAAACUAAAUAUAUUUUCUGAAGUGCAUAUUUCAGCAAAAACUUAAUGUUUGGAAUAAUACAAUGUGCAUGCAACUGAUUUAAAUACCCUGCAUUCAUGAUGUGUUUGCCUUCUAAGCCAAUUUUCCCCUCAUACAUGCAUAGCAGUUUGAAGAGUUCCCUGGGCUUCCACUAACAAUGUGCUGUUGUGCUCUAGAUAGUUUUCCAUCCUGAAAGUCAGGUUAACUAAUGCCUUCAUGUGGUAGUUUGUCAUACUAAUUAUCUGGUAACAAUCUUUAAAAAAAAAAAAAUUCACAACCAACAACAGAUUGGAGAUAACCCAAAAUUCCGGUUUAUCCUGGACCAUUAUUAACUCAAUAAGGAUUAAGGAUGAACCAAAAUACUGUCUUGCUUUAUCUCCAGUUUGUGGGUUAGUUGCAGAUUGUUCCACCUGCAUAUCGUGAAUUAUUCUCCUGGUAGGUAAUCUUUUGGCUCGCUGACUAGCAUACCUGUAUGGGACUUGUAGUAGUAGUUACAGUAGAUUAUCAGUCACAGGUUAAGAAUUAUUAGUAUGGCAGUGUAUUUUCAUAGAUUCCCAGCACUGUUGUUUGAUAGACUGCCAUAUAUAAAGUAAAGAUGAUUGCCUCCCUGAAGAUUAUCUCCACAGCUUUUGUCAGAGGUAACUGGCUAAGAGAGACACGUUUACUUCAUCUCUGCUCAAUCUAAUUUAGUGCUAAAAAUCUCACAUGUAUGUAUUGUAUUACCAUCAAUAUAUCAAAAAACAUGCACGUUGUGUUUGUUAUAUAUUGAAAAAGUAUAUUAUUUUUUUUUUCAACAAGUCAGCAAUUUCCCACUGAGGCAGGGUGACCCAAAAAGAAAAAGCUUUCAUCAUCAUUCAACACUUUCACUUCACUCACAAAGGUGCCCAGAUACAACAGUUUAGAAGCAUAUAUAAAGAUAACAUACCCCUCUUUUAAAGUGCAGGCAUUGUACUUCCCAUUUCCAGUACUCAAGCCCAGCUGUAUAAAAAUAACCAGUUUCUAACAGCUCGUCAGGUCCCAAAAACCAUUCACACAUGCUUGCUGGAAGUCCAAGCCCCUUGUCUGCAAAACCCCUCCCUACAACCUUCUUGAGGACUUCCCCUUCAGAUUACACGCUCUCCAAGUCAUUCUACUUUGAUAAAUUCUCUCCAAAUGACUGAACCACCUCAACAACCCCUCUAAUACUUUUAGUAACUCCACACCACCACCUAAUUUCCAAACUCCAAAUUCUCUUCAUAAUAUUUACAUCACACAGGACAUCUCCACUGCCUCCAGCCACCACCUUGCUACCCAAGCUUCACACCAAUAGAAGAGUAUUGGUACCACUGUACUUUCGUACAUUCCCUUCUUUGCCUCCAUGGAUAACAUUUUUUGUCUCCACAUAUACCUUGACACACCACUCGCCUUUUUUCCUUCAUCAAUUCUAUGGUUAACCUCAUCUGCUGACAAGUAUCUGAAAACAUUCACUUCUUCCAUACUCCCUCUCUCCAAUGUGAUAUCCAAUUUUCCUUUAUCUAAAUCAUUUGAUAUACUCAUCACCUUACUCUUAGCUAUAUUCACUUUCAACUUUCUACCUUUACACACCCUCCCAAACUCAUCUACUAACCUUUGCAACUUUUCUUUAGAAUCUCUUGUAAGCACAGUAUCAGCAAACAGUAACUGUCAACUCCCAUUUUGUAUUUGAUUCCCCAUAAUUUAAUCCCACCCCUCUCUCCAACACCCUAGCAUUUACUUCUUUUUUACAACCCCAUCCAUAAAUAUAUUAAAUAACCAUGGUCACAUUACACAUCCCUACUUUUACCGGGAAGUAAUCUCCCUCUUUCCUUCCUCCUACGUGACCAGGAGGCCUGGUCACAGACCAGGCCGCGGGGGCGUUGACCCCCGGAACCCUCUCCAGGUAAACACCCUAACCUGAGCCUCACUAUCCUUAUAAAAACUCUUUCCAGCAUUUUAGUAACUUACUACCUAUUCCAUAUACUUGCAUAUAUUAUAAACAUGAUGGCCAUCUCCCACUGCCUUGCCAGAGGCAUGCAGAUACAACAGUUUAGAUGUCACUAUAAACAGCAAAUAUCCCAAACCCCUCCUUUAGAGUGCAGGUAUUGAAAUUCCCACCUCCAGGACUCAAAUCCAGCUAGCUGGUUUCCCUUAAUCCUUUCACAAAACAUUACCCUGCUCACACUCCAUGUAAACUUUCGUAUUUGUGUGCCUCUGUCAAGAAAGUGAGAGUGAUGAUGAAAGUUUCUUUUUCGGAUCACCCUGCCUCGGUGGGAGAUGGUCAGUUUGUUGAAUAUAGUAACACUGUGACUAGCCGAGGACUCAAACUCGUGUAGUUUUGGCCCGCCUCAUGGUGAGCAAAAAAUCAUAUGACGCUCUAACCCACAGGACCACUCAAUCCUACAAGAAUCACACACCCAACAGAGCUAGAUGUUUUACCGUGAUCCGAGGACAUACGGUGGUGUGAUUCUUGUAGGAUUGAGUGGUCCUGUGGGUUAGUGUCAUGUGAUAUUCACUCACCAUGAGGUGGGCCAAAACGACAUGGGUUCAAGUCCUCAGCUAGUCAGUGUUGUUGAUUAAAUACCACUCGUUCGUGGUUACAAUAACGUGUAUAUGUAUAUACAGUAGGGCCUCAUUUAUACGGCAGGUUAGGUUUUAGGCUACUGCUGGAAAGUGAACAUCGCCAGAAAGCAGAACGCCAUUUGUUUUCACUUAUAAAUGUCAGAUAAUAAGAUUACACUAACAUAUAUUAAGUUAGCAAUAGAACAAGGCAUUAAAAAGUAAAAUACACACACAGUACACUCAUUACUUACCUCAAAAUAUUUGUAGUCUUAAUGUAGGGUGAGAAAUGAGUAGUAUUUAUUGUAAGAAGUUAGGUGUGGUAGAUCUGGUAGCCAGCCAACCCUACCCCACCCACAUGUAAUAUACUUCAACAUUUAAAGAGCCCUAGAGCGAUAAAAUGCAUAUAGUGUACACUCAUUACUUACCCUAAAAUAUUUGUAGUCUUAAUAUAGGGUGCAAGGUGAAUAGUAGGGUAGGUAGGUAUUGAAGUGUUGUAGGUAUCGUAACCCCAUCUGGCCACCCCACUCACACAUAUACUAGGCAUUUCAAGCACCCUAGAGUGAUAAAAUGCAUAUACAGUACACUCAUUACUUUUAAAAUAUUUGUAGUCUUAAUGUAGGGUGAGAGGUGAGUAAAUGAGAUUAAACAAAUAAAUGAGAGAGAGAAUGAGUACAUGAGAUAGGACAGACGUGAGUUUGUAAACAAACCAGCCGAAUGUGUAUGGUUUUAGUUCAUUCCUGCAAGCUAACUAGAAAAACAUCUCAUAUUUAUGUUAAUUUAUUCUACUGUGGGUAUAUUUAUCAUGUUUAUAUGUUACUUAGUGUGUUUAUUAUAUAAUUUUGAAAAAAUAUAGAUGAAUUAAGCAAAAUGUCAAUAUAGACAUUUUAUACAACAUUUAAUGUGCCUCAGGGUGAUUAUUAAUGUGUUAUUAUCUUUAUUAUUAAUAUAGUAUCUUCAAGACUAAUAAGACACUCUUAGUGAUCUUAAUGUGUACCUGCAUCCCAGCACAGUGUGUAAGUUUACUUAGGUACAGGUACACAUAAGUAUAAUUAUCAGAUUAUAUAUAAAAUAUGAAAUGACUUUAAAACACUUGAAAUUUUGGAAAGUUUCCAAACAUGAUGGAGAUACAUGGUGCUCACGGAGAAUAAACAAACUGAAUGGCAUGCACCAUUUUUGAAAGACGGGGAGCCGUAUAGAGAGUUUUGGUCAUAAUUUGAAAUCGCCAUAUUAGUGGAAUGCCGUAAAGUGGGGCUCUACUAUAUACAUAUAAAAUUUAACACUGGCUAUCUUGCACAGAAGUAGGGUGACAUAAAAGAAAUGAGAGGAAACACAUUCACCAUCAUUCAGUCACUAUCUUGCCAUAAGCAGGUGUACUUCACAGUUCAGAUGACUGAAUUGCAACAUCUUCAUCCCUCCAGUGUGGGCACUGUAUUUUCUACCAAGUCCAGCUAACUGGUUUCCCUGAAUCCUUUCAUAAAUGUUACCUUGCUCACACUAUAGCAGGAUGUCAAGUCAGAAAAACCACUUUUUGAAGUAACAUGUUCACACAACUUGCUGGAUGCUCAAGCCUCUAGCUCUCAAUUACAGUGGAACCUCUACUUACGAGUGCCCCAACGUAUGAGUUUUUUGAGAUGCGAGCUUCAGAACACCUCCACUAGUUGGCUUAGUGAACGCCACAACUGCUCAGCAGUACACACAUUUACCUCACCAUGGAAGCAUUUCUGUGUUUUGUGCAGUUAUUUUGCCAAAUUUUUUUUUUCUAACCAUGGGUCCUAAGAAAGUAAGAACAAAGGACAGUGCUGAGAAGAAAAAGAGGAUGAUGUCUAUGGAAUUAAAGCAUGAAAUCAUAGAUAAACACAAGCAAGGUGUGCAGGUUGUGGACUUGGCCAUGCAGUACCAGUGUAGUACUUCUACAACAUGUACGAUACUAAAGCAGAAGGAGUCAAUAAAGGCUAUAGCUCCAGCCAAGUGAUAGUGUAGCAAGUAAAUCAGUGAAAAGUGAAGUGGAAAACAAAAUAAUAAAUUGUAGCAGUUAAGUUCAGCAAUCAAGUGUAGCAUUCAGAGUGUAGAGCAAGUAAGUUAAGAGACAGACAAAGCACAAAACAAAACGAACUCCUUUAAUAUUGUUGUUGGGGUUUAGAGGGCCACUGACAGCAUAUACCGCUCUUGCCUAUCUUUUCCACCCUCAACCUCUGCCAGCAUCUGUUCUCCAAGGUAAAUAUGUACACUUUAUCAAACCAGUUUAUUUCUUAUUUAUCAAUACAUUGUUUCAGUGUUUUCCUUAUGAAAUGUGAUAUAGUGCAGUUAGCCUCACAAACACUGUUUUCUCUUAUAAGACCUCAGAAGGGAAAGCAUGGGAAGAUAUGGUUAGAGCGGGAAUGGCUGCCACCACUCGUCACAUAAUGACAUAUUUUAUUCAUUCUAGAGUAUAUAUUAUGUUUCUAUGUUAUUUAUAUGUUUAUUAUGUCAUAUUAGAUCAACUUUGAUAGAUAAAUAAGCCUUAGAGUUGAUAUUAGCAUUAUACUGAAGUAUUUUGCCCUGCCUCCCAAGAGCAGGGCAGCGCUGUAUAGCCCUUGUGGCUUAGCGCUUCUUUUUGAUUAUAAUAAUAAUAAUCCCAAGAGCAGGAAUUCCUCUGGAAUGGAUUAGUAGCUUUUCAGUUAAUUAUAAUGAGAAAAAUUGAUUUGAUAUAUGAGCAAAUUGAGUUAUGAGCUAUGUCACGGAACAAAUUAAACUCUAAAGUUGAGGUUCCACUGUAUACUUCCUUUAACCCCCCCUCCCUCCCUGGGACAACUCCUACCCCUCCACCUUAGAUUUAUGUAGCCCCUUAGUAAUCCUGUCCUGCUCCAUCUUAAAUGCCCAAGCCACCUUAAUAACCCCUCCUCAGCCCUCUGAAUUAUACCUUUAGUACCCCUCAAGGGCAGCUCCUUGAUGUUGGUGAGGGGCUCUUGAUCUAAGGAAUUUUACCUAGUGCUCCAUUUCCUUGAACCAAGCCUGAAUGCCUUGUAUUACCCCAGGCACUGUAUAGUCUUGAAAGGUUUGACACUUUCCCCAUGAAUGAAAAAAUUUUCAUUAUUUACAGGAUAGAAAUUCUGUUACCAUUUUAUAUUAUAAAUAAUGAUCAUGUUAUCUAAUGCAUGGGAAAAUAGUUACAUGUGAAAUUAUUUUAAGUGAUAACUACUGUGGGUUUAAUGCUUAGUUUUGAUUAUAACAAUAAUUUAGGUAAUAACAGCCAAAAUAAGAAUAUCAUUAAUGUAAUUUUUAAACCCUUUCACUGUCCAAACCCCCAAAAUUAAUAUUGCUCUUAGUGUCUGCUUUAAAAAAAAAAAAAUGAAAUAAA